AUAACAUUUACGAACGUACAGUUUGUGACAAAGUCAGAUUUCAAGAACCAGGAAGUGCGAAACUGGCGUUAAAUUUCUCCGAAAUAUUAGGAUAAAAUUGUGUUAAAAAUGUCUCGAAUGCGAAAUGCACCUCAGUCAACAGUCCAGCAACAAAUCCAAGACGACUGGGUGAACAGAGAAUAUAUCGAAGUCAUCACAACAAACAUCAAAAAGAUUGCAGAUUUUCUCAAUUCGUUUGAUACCUCCUGUAGAUCAAGAUUAGCGAUGCUGAAUGAAAAACUGACAUCGUUGGAGAGGCAAAUCGAAUAUCUGGAAGCGAGAGUCACAAAAGGAGAAACUUUGACAUGAGAGACUGGUGCCUGGUGGAUAAAAGUCCCAACUGUACGGAGUUAUACAUAACUGUAUUAUAUUAUAGUCAAGAAACCAGACUUUGUAAUUUAAAAACUCACUCUUACUGUGUAAAUUGCUUCCCCAUUAUUUUAUAUUUUUUCUCAUUGACUGGAAUCAUGAGAAGGCAAAAAUAUCACCUGAAAUGGUCUGGAACCUUAAGUAGAUUUUGAUAUCAAACUGUGUCAUGUCUUCGAGGUGCUAAACUAUAAUAUGGGCAUGUCCCAACCGGCUAUGGCUUACCUAUGGCUACAACAACAACACUGAAGAAAAGGCCUUUAGCAAUCCAGCCGUAGUCACUGCUGAAGUCUAGUUCAGACAUGACUGUUUUGUGACCACUAGUCAGUGUUGGUCUUCAACAUGGUCUGGUGGUUUAGAGUAUCAAAUUCAAGUUCUGGUGGUUAAGUCAUCGGAGUUUGGGUUUGAGUUCCUUAAGCAAGAUGCUUAAACUACAAUUGCUUCUCUUCACUCGGGGGUAGGGAUGGGUACCUGCAAGGGUAGAGGUUGAUAUUAUGUAUGAAAAAUCCACUAGGGCCACACGGCAGGCUUAGGGCUGUAUACUCCCCAGUGAGUUGAGAAAGAUUAAAGGAAUGUUAUUGGCCCAAUAACCUGGGUAAUAAUGUAAAGCACAUUGAUACGGUUAUUGUAAAAUGGGCUGUACAAGAACUAGUUAUUACCGGUAGCAGUCAUUAUUAUACUAAUGUAUUGGUCCUAAUUUCAUCCCAACUGAAGUAACUGACCCUAUAUCUGAUUUGUGAAGUGUAAAGAUUGGGCUGUCCCGACUCCAGCUGUUGCAGAACUCUGGGAAAUUGUACCGAGUAUACAGGUUACAAUUGUUGCACGCUGUGACGGGGUCCAUGGCAAUUUGUACACCCGAGGGGGAAAAUGGCGCCCGAGUCGA